CAAAACGAUAGACAGGUUAGUUAAGCUGGUUGUACACAGUCGAGUUCACACACAGAGUAUUUUAAUUUACUAUUUCUUCUAAUUGCUUGUGUUGAAUAAACCUUCAGUAGGUUCAUUUUGACCUACAGAGAAAGCAGAUGGAUUACACCAACCUCACACUUUUUAUCUUUAUAUGGAUUUUUGUUCCAUCCUGAUGAUCAGAAGAGUGUUUGAGGAUUUAACAGAUUUCUUGAGAACAACAUGGACGUUAAACCUGUAAAUCCUGAACCAUGAAAUCAUUGCUCGAUAAUUCAAAUUUUAUUGGUCCAACGCAUCAAACGUGACUCCAACGUCACUUCCGUACGAGACGUUGCAUCCUGUAAGUGUGGAGUUUGACCGAGCGGCUGAACGACAGAUCGGUUCUAACAGUCAGUGACUUUCAGCUUUAUUUAAACCUUAAAUUUAAUCUUGUGUCGUCAGAUUUAAACUCAGGUUCAGUUAUUGAGUGAAAACACCAACAGACUCAGACAUUUAGGACAAACUAAGAGUCAGAUGAGCAGAAACAGAGAACACGGACAUGUCUGCUGUAACUGCGUCACUCUGCUCCACUUUGCUGAUGUUCGAUGGAGUCUUCAUGUUUGUCUCUGCAGAUUUUCCACCCUGAUGACCACAGAGGCCUUUGAGGCUUCCAGACGUCCUUCACAACAACACACUGGAUGAACUGGUGAUUUACACAGGCUACUGGUUUUGUAAACUGGUGCAGGCUGCUGCUGGUUCUCAGGUUAGUCAGAGUUAUGUCGCGGUGUUGUUUGAUAAGCUGCUCGGCAGACACAGACCUCCGACCUCGGAGCUGAAGCUGAAUCAGGAAGAGGCGGAGCAGGAUGUGAGCUUGAAACUUGCUGUGGGAAACAAACUCGGUGCAGAGACAAAACAAACUUCUGCUUCAAAGACACAAACUGUUCAUACAUGACGACUGACACAUGAAACAGGUUCAGAUCUUUCCUGCCAGGAUGCUUCAAGAACUGAAGAAAUAAAACUUUCUUUCCACUUCACCUCUUCUGUUGUGACGCACUUGUUUCUGCUCGACCCCGCAGUGCAGCGCACCAAACGUCACAAUGACACAACUUCCUGAAAACAAACCUUACUGAUCCAAUUGCUUUUUUAAGCCUAAAUUUUAAUCUCAUGACAGACUGAGACAUUUAGAAAAAGCUAAGAGUCAGAUCAAGAACCCGGAAAUGUCUGCUCUAAUUACGUCACUCUGCUCCACUUUGAUGUUUGCCGUGUUCGUCUCUGCAGACCAGAAAAACAUCACAGCUGAGUCUGGACAGGACGUGACUCUGACAAGUCGAGCUCCAAACAACAACAAGAUCAUCGUUGUAGAGUGGAGCAGAGCUGACCUGGAGUCACAUCAUGUGCUUUUGUACAGGGAUGGGCAGUUUGAUCCAGAUGGCCAGCAUCCAUCUUUUAAGAACCGGGUGGAUCUGCAGGACAGACAGAUGAAGGAUGGAGACGUGUCUUUGAUUCUGAAGAAUGUGAUGAUUAAUGACACUGGAACAUACGAGUGUCGUGUUCAGAGACAGAGAGAAAUUUUAAGUCUCAUCACCAGUGUCUACCUGCAUGUUGAUCCUCCAGGUCAAUCAGGAGGGAACAAAGAUGGAGGGAGAGAGGAUGGCUCUCUUGGACUGAAAAUUGGUCUGUCAGUUUGUGCUGUGCUUCUUGUUCCUGCUGUUGUUGGAUUUUUGAUCUACAGAAAACAUAAACAACAACAGAUGAUCUGAUCAUCCAGCAGACAGACAUCAAACACGUCCAGAGUUGGUCUGAUGUUAAAUUUCUCUGUGUUCUCUGUGUUUCUCACGUGUUCAGACUGUGUCAGUGUGUUUCUGUGCUGUCUGUCAGUGUUUGUUCAUCCUCAGUGUUGUCAGAGAAACAAACUUUUCCUGUUUUAGCAUCUUAAUCAACCAAAAAGUGAUUUAGUUUUUUUUAUUUCUUUUUGUUGUAAAAAAAAAAAAAGUACAUUUGAAGUUUCAUGGAUAACAACAAAAACUAUAUUUAGGCAUUAAAAGUAUUUCUUAAUCCACACAUUAAUAAAUGUUAUGCUCGAUCAAAAUGUAUCCUGAGGUUUUAGUGGUUUGACCAAACAGUAUCAAGUACGUGAGUUAUGAGGAUUCCUCUGUUACAACAAACAAAGCUGUUGAUUUGUUUUGAAAUGAUUUGCACUUUAUUGCUUUUGAAAGAAUGAUGUAUGCAACUUCAUUUUUGUUUGUGAAAUGUUUUGCUUAUAUGAUUUGUCUUGUGUAUGUGUAGAUUAUUGAGUGAAUGGAUUAAUUGCUAAGUUCUAGAAAAAGUGUUACAGUUAUGCAAGACACUCUGAAAUUAGAGCUACGCAGCACUCUCUACAGCAAGUUGAAUGCACCUCUCUCUCUUUCCCUCGAAUCUGUCUUUCUCUCAGGUCUUGUUGUGGUUUCUGUGCUAUCUGUCAUCCAAAGCACAGUUAGACACUGUGUAACUGUUUUCUAUGAGAGUGUCACACAUCUGUUCCCAGGAUAACUUUGUAAGAAGUGCAUAAAUAAAACUCAGCUGUCUUUCACUUUGAA